AUAAAGUACUUUUCCCGAUCCUUUCUAUUGUUCUCAUUUAUCAUUUUAGUCCGUCUCAAAAUAUUUACUGUGAAUACAGUUUUGUCACUUUGUAUAACCAACUUAACCAGAUUUAUUUGUGAAUUUUAAUUUUAAUUACAAUUCUUGCUCUUCUUAUAUUCCCAUAAAAAGCCAAACUAGUGGCCACCUUUUUCCCUCCAAGUAUUCCAUCAUUUUUGCUUUUCUUUGGGAAACGUUUGGUACUUGGGUUUUUCUCUCCAUAAGAAUUUAGUAUCAUCAUUGAGUUAAUGAGUGGAAAAAUUAAUUAAAUUUCACCCUUUUUGGGGCUUUUGAGUGAGAAUUUUAGUGAAAUAUAUCAUCUUUAAACAAUUAAAUUAAAUUAAAUACUCCUAUAAGAAGAAGAAGAAACAAAGGCAUAAGUUGUUCAAAGUUAUGGCUGAGGAAGAUGGAUUAUGUUUUACACAAACCAAGAACAAAAUUCCCCUUUUCAUCUUCUUCAAAAAUGCAAGGAUGAUAUUCAAGAUGGAUGAUAUUGGACAGGAAAUAGCACAAAUUGCAUUUCCUGCUGCACUGGCUUUAACAGCUGAUCCUAUUGCUUCACUAGUUGAUACGGCUUUCAUCGGCCAAAUAGGGCCUAUUGAACUUGCUGCUGUUGGGGUUUCUAUAGCUCUUUUCAAUCAAGUAUCUCGAAUCGCAAUCUUCCCACUCGUAAGUGUAACAACUUCUUUCGUGGCCGAGGAAGAUGCCGUGGCAGAAGUGAGUACUUCUGAACAACAAGAUCAGAUUGGAUGCUUGGAAUCCAACUUAAGUUGUAACAAUGAAGCCAAAGAACUACUACCUCAAUAUGGUUCGGGGGUGAGUCGUGUAAAGUCCGAAACAAGUAGCUUUAGCAUUGAAAGUUCAAAGCCUCAAAGGAGGCACAUUCCGUCUGCUUCUUCUGCGUUGGUUAUCGGUGCAAUUCUCGGUCUUCUUCAGGCGAUCUUCCUCAUUUCUCUCGCAAAACCGUUAUUGAACUACAUGGGUGUCAAAUAUGACUCAUCUAUGUUACCCCCGGCUCAUAAAUACUUGACAUUGAGGUCACUUGGUGCACCCGCUGUUCUUCUUUCAUUAGCUAUGCAAGGAAUUUUUCGCGGUUUUAAGGACACCAGGACUCCUCUAUAUGCCACUGUGGCAGGGGAUGUAACUAACAUAAUUCUUGACCCGAUUUUUAUCUUUGUUUUUCGGUUCGGUGUCAGUGGUGCAGCCAUCGCUCAUGUUAUAUCACAGUACUUAAUUUCAGUCAUACUGUUUUGGAGACUGAUUCAACUAGUUGAUCUCUUACCUCCGAGUACAAAAGACCUCAAAUUCGGUAGAUUUCUCAAGAACGGAUUUCUUCUACUAAUGAGGGUCAUAGCUGUGACAUUCUGUGUGACCUUAGCCGCUUCUAUGGCUGCACGGUUAGGGCCCACUCAAAUGGCAGCGUUUCAGGUCUGCUUGCAAGUUUGGUUGGCUACUUCCCUUCUUGCUGAUGGACUUGCUGUUGCUGGCCAGGCGAUACUUGCAAGUGCAUUUGCAAAGAAUGAUUUUGAAAGAGCAACAUCAACCGCCUCCAGAGUAUUGCAGCUAGGUUUUGUUCUAGGAUUGAUCCUGUGUUUCAUGCUCGGGUUUGGAUUAAAGUUUGCAGCAAGAUUGUUUACCAAGGAUGUUAAUGUCCUUAACCUAAUUACCAUUGGCAUUCCCUUUGUUGCUCUUACUCAACCCAUUAACGCGUUGGCCUUUGUUUUUGAUGGGAUCAACUUCGGAGCAUCUGAUUUUGCAUAUUCAGCCUUUUCCAUGGUGAUGGUGGCUGUUGUGAGCAUUUUGUGUUUGUUAUUUCUUUCUUCCCAUUAUGGUUUCAUCGGGAUUUGGGUGGCUCUAACUAUUUACAUGAGCCUUCGUGCAUUUGCUGGUUUUUGGAGAAUCGGAACAGGAACUGGACCUUGGAGCUUCAUUAGGAGUUGAAUUCUGUUCUAUAGCAUUUCGUACAUAUAGCCAUAGCUCGAGAACUAGAAGGAAUAUUUGGACUUUGUAAAAGGGAAAUUCGAUGACUACUCUCAUGGAAAAUGUGUAUAUAUAUACAAGAUUUCAAGUAGUAGGAAAAUUUGUUAAUUUAUGCCCAUAUUUUGUAUAUUUAUCACCUAAAUUAAUGAAAAUAUAAUGCGCGUUUUAAAAUCUCUCAA